AUGUCCUACAUUGAAAGCGGAAAAGGUAAUCCUUUCAACGAGAUUGAAGAUGUAGACGACAGUACAUUCCUAAAUCAUCCUCGUCACGGCCAGUCCGGAUAUGUGCUGAACAACGACAGUGCCUGGGAGGAUAAACGCAGACAGCUGCUUGAAGAUAGACGUAAAAUUGAAGAGGCGACACUUCAAUCGUCAAAAAGAACGCUAGGCCUUCUUUAUGAGACAGAGAAAGUAGGUCUACAAACUGCGGAGGAGUUACUGCAUCAGAGAGAACAGCUGCAAAAUGUCGAUGAAAAGCUGGACUCGAUCAACUCGAUAAUGCGUGUAAGCCAGAAGCACAUUACUUCGAUGAAGAGCAUAUUUGGUGGCUUCAAAAACUAUUUCUCCAAAAACGCCGACUCUAGCCCUGCCAAUGGAAAGCGAAUGACUGCUUCCACUAGUGAGAGCAAGUUGCAUAACACGGUCGAAUCGAUCAAGACGGUCACUGAUAACGCCUCACAUCAGCUGAAUCAUCCGGCGCUUAAAAACCGAGGACUGAAUCCGUUUGAAGAGGAAAAUGAUGCUGCUCCUAGUUCCAAAGUCCCGAGCUCAACUUCUGCUUACGAUUUGCACUCUCGCAAGGUCGACCAAGAGCUGGAUCAAAACUUGGAAGACGUGGGCAUGGGCAUUUCUCGGUUGAAGGAGCUCGCAAUGGGUCUGGGCAACGAGAUCGAUAGUCAGAAUCAACUACUUGAUAAUCUGGCGACCAAGUCAGAGCGGGCAGGCGACACCAUUACAAACCAAAAUCGCCAGAUGAAGCGCAUCCUCAAGAGUUAA